CCUUGUUUACCUUGUCGAAAUAUAAAUAUGAGUUUAAAGUGGAUUCAUGUAAAUGAAAGAUUAAUAAAAGGAAUAGAACUAAUAAAUUCUGUAUCUACAAAAAAAUUCAAAUUGUUGCUUAUUCAUAUAGUGAGUGCCAAAAGUGAGGCUAUCUUUACAGAGGAUGAAUUAAAGAAAUUGAAAGAAUCCCUAAAAUUAGAUGACGAUUCUCUUCAGCUUCUUAUUCAAUGCAUUUCUCACAUAUUCCGUCAAUCUACCAAAGUAAUAUUAAAACCAACAUCUUUAUACAAACAAUUAACUGAACAACUCAAUAUAACCGAGGAGAAAUCUGAAGAAUUCGUGAGGAUAUGGUGUAAACAAACAAACGAAGAUUUCGAUAACUUUAACAAUAAAAUGAAACUCGAAAAUUUAUCAUGGGAAAUAAAUAUACAGGGUGCGGAUCAAAUUAACAAUAAACAAAGUGUACCGAUUGCCAGAGUUCAAUUGCAAUUAACAAAAUCGGAUAACGAGAAAAAAGAAAGAAUCGUAAUGGAAUUCGAUCGAACCGAACUUCUACAAUUAUAUAAUAAUUUGGAAAAGAUACAAGUUAAAUUAGAUCAAAUAAAUAGUGUUUGAAAAUGUAUGAAUAUAA